UCAUCAAGAAUUUCCGCAAAAAUUGCUGAAGGUAUGACGUAAGGCCGUGGGCUGCAACCAAUGCGCUCCGCUCCAGCUUGUUGUUAUGGUGAUUGGGUGGCGAAUGGGUCAUUCGCGACUUGUUUCUGCGGUCCUUUAGCUCCAUCUAUUGGCUGCAGCGACCCAUUUAGGAGUCGUUGCGAGCUAUCCCGCCAUCUUUUUGUUUCUCCACGAUCCACACUGCUCCAUCCAUCAUGGCGAUGCACGCUAAAGCUACUCCACCACAGAUCCCAGACACCCGCCGGGAGCUUGCCGAACUGGUAAAGAGGAAACAAGAGCUUGCGGAGACGCUUGUGAAUUUGGAACGGCAAAUAUACGCCUUUGAAGGCAGUUACCUAGAAGACACCCAAAUGUAUGGCAACAUUAUCAGAGGAUGGGACAGAUACCUAACCAACCAAAAGAACUCGAAUAGUAAAACCGAUCGAAGAAAUCGCAAAUUCAAGGAAGCAGAGCGUCUGUUCAGCAAAUCAUCAGUCACCUCAGUUGCAGCGGUAUGUGCGCUAGGCGGUAUACCAGAUCACAUGAACGAAAAACGUGAGGCGGGCAGCGGCACGGAAAGCGACGCCUCACCGGACCUACAGAACCAAGAGAACGAACCCAGCCAGGAGGACACGGAGGAUGUAGACUCCACCUUGCAGGACUUGAAGCCCCAAAAAGCUGCGUCUUCCUCUUCAUCUGGUAGCCACCACGGAAGCCAUAAGAAGAGGAAGAACAAAAACAGGCACAGCCCUUCUGCCAUGUUUGAUUAUGACUUUGAGUUCGACAUGAAAGUGAACAAGAAACCGAGAGCCGAAUAUUCUAACUGAGAAAGACAAGUGCAAAAUGUGGACCAAGAAGAGAAAUUAGAGACUUUGUGGACACGUAUGCCCCCCGCCCCCCCCAGUUGUUAUAUUUCAGCUGUGAUGACUGUACUGCGCUCCAAACAUUCCCCAGCUUCCAUGCGUCCUGCAUGUUACUCCACACCAGCCAGUAACAUUUUGUAUAGUGCAGUGGUUCUUAACCGGGGUUCAGUCGAAACCAACCGGUUCUGAGAAUCAGUCUCAGAGGUUGGACAGAGCCUCCGCCAUGGAGGUGAAGACACACCCGACUGAAGAUGUCAGUUACUUAUGACAUGCUCGCUUGGCCAUUACUGACUGGUUCAUUUUGUGCACAAUAAAAUUAUACUUAGAAAAAAAUACACAAUUAGUAUGUUUUUAAUGUGUUUUUUAUGUCGUGAAUUUGUAAAAAAAAAAAUCUUUAUUUUUCACUAAUGAAGGGUUCGGUGAAUUUGCAUAUGAACUGGUUGGGUUCGGUACCUCUAACAAGGUUAAGAACGACUGCUAUAGUGUUUAAAACAAAAGACUAUUUAUUUUGUUGGCAAUUAACAUUUUUUCUUUUUUGUGGCCACUUUGUUGUGAAUCCCGUAUGAAUAUCUGUAUUCUUUUUAUGUCAUUGUGUUUUUCAAGAGAAUAAAAUACCACUGAUGGGUUUUCUU